UAGAACCCCAACUCCAAUUGCAACAACAGGCACAGCCACGGCUACAGUCGAGCUGAAUAACCGUUACACAGCAGCAAUUGAAGAGGAAGAGGAAGAAGACGAACAAAUCAACAUGGACGAAACACAGCAUUUCUGUCUGCGAUGGAACAACUAUCAGAGCAGCAUCACAUCGGCAUUCGAGAAUCUUCGCGACGACGAGGACUUCGUCGACGUGACGCUCGCCUGCGAGGGACGGAGCAUAAAAGCCCAUCGCGUCGUCCUCUCCGCAUGCAGCCCCUACUUCCGCGAUCUGCUGAAGAGCACACCCUGCAAACAUCCGGUCAUCCUGCUGCAAGAUGUCAAUUUCAUGGAUCUGCACUCGCUGGUGGAGUUCAUAUACCACGGCGAGGUGAACGUGCACCAGAAGUCGCUGCAGUCGUUCUUGAAGACCGCCGAGGUGCUGCGCGUCUCGGGCCUAACACAGCAGCAGGCCGAGGACACGCACAGCCACUUGGCACAGAUACAGAACCUGGCCAAUGCGGGCAUACGCACGCCGCUCAACUCACAUCCACACCAUGGCUCGUCGUUGCACGAUGAGGGGGCUGCCACACUGUUUAGCAGUCGCCAGGUUGGCGGCUCGCCGCCGCCGCCUCCGCCGCCGCAGCAGCUGCCGCAGCACAUCAACAACAAUCUGCUGAAGCGCAUGGCCAUGAUGCACCACAGCGGCGGCGUCGUCGACGAGACCACAUCGCACGCCCUCAAGCGCUUGCGCAGCGCCGACAACAACAACGGCCUCUCUGCCAGCAGCAACAACAACGGCAGCCCCGAUCUGCAGAUGCAUGCGCGCAGCGCCUCGCCCCAGCUGACGCCGGCCGACUUUAGCACGAUCAAGCACCACAACAACAACAACACGCCGCCGCUCAAGGAGGAGAAGCGCAAUCGCUCCACAGGCAAUGGCAACUCGGGCAACGGCAACGGCAACAACAACAACGGCAACAACAACAACAACGGCAACGGCAAUGGCAACGGCAACGGCAAUGGCAACGGCAUCUCCAUCAGCGAGAAGCUUGGCAGUAUGACGCCCUCGCCGCUGGCUCGCGGUGUCGAGGAUGUCAAGUCGGAGCCCAUGGAGCUGGUCUGCUCGAACAACAACAAUGCCAACGCCAACGUCAACGAUGAGCACAGCAACGACUCCACAGGCGAGCACGACGCCAAUCGCUCCAGCAGCGGCGACGGCGGCAAAGGCUCCUUGAGCUCUGGCAAUGACGAUGAGAUCAACGACAACCUAGCCACCCAUCAUGCCGCACAGCCCUACAUUAUGUCGCCGGCCGAGAGCAAAUUGUUUCCAGGUCCAUUCAAUUUUCCGAUUAGCAAUCUCGAUCACUCAGCCUUGAUUGGUCUCAAUACCCUACAACAAUCUGGUGAACUCGCUGUCUCUCCACAAGGUGGCAGCACCAGCCUACUCAGCGGCGUCAUAGUGCCCGGUGGUAGUGACAACCCUAGUAAUAGUAGUAACAACAACCAACAACAACAACAACAACAACAAGUAGAACAACAGCCAACAUCACAACACCAACUCCAACAACAACAACUCCAAAUCCAACAACAACAUCAUUCCACACUACAUAACCCACAACAACAACAACAACAACAACAACAACAACUGCACCAAGAACGUGAACGAGAACGUGAACGUGAACGUGAACGCGAACGAGAACGUGAACGUGAGAGAGAUAGAGAUAGAGAGCGUAGCAGCAAGGCGAGUGAUCUACACAGCAACAGCGAGCGCAGCCUCUCACGCUCAUCGCAGUGUGGCAUCAGCGAGGGCAUGGCAAUGCAUAGCAGCAGCGCAACUCCGUCGCCGAAUGCCAGCUACAAGCGCGAAAGGGAACGAGAGAGGGAGAGGGAGCGGGAACGGGAGCGGGAGCGGGAUAUUGAAAGAGCACGGAGCAAUACGCCGGGUGCAACACCCCCGCCAUCACAGACAUCGCAUCACGGACAUCCAGCACCACCGCCGCACUUUAGCCAACAUCCGCUGGCUAUGCUAUCCAGCCAUCACCAGCAUCAGCUGCACUCGCACCACGAGCUGUCGCCUGGCGCUGCCCAUGCGGUGGUUGCUGCACAUCAUGCGCAUGCUCUGGCCCGUGCCGCCUCGCCGCUUGUGGAUCGCCACCACUUGCUGCAUCAGCACCAUCGGCGCGCCUCGCUGUCGCCCUCGGCGUCAGUCAGCAGCGGCGGCGGCGGCCGCGGCUCCGCCGGCAAUGCGGCCAGCAAUUUGCUGAGCUCAGCGCGCGCCAGCGAUGUGGCGCAGGCCAACCGCCUGCUCCUGCCAUUGCCGUUGAAUGCGUGCCAUCGCUGCGAUGUGUGCGGCAAGCUGUUGAGCACGAAGCUAACGCUGAAGCGGCACAAGGAGCAGCAGCAUCUGCAGCCGUUGAACAACGCCGUCUGUAACCUUUGCCACAAGGUCUUCCGCACGCUCAACUCGCUGAACAACCACAAGAGCAUCUACCAUCGCCGGCAGAAGAAUCACCACUCGUAUUUCCAUCACAGUGGCGGAGUCGUUGGCCAGGCGGGCAGUCCCGGCAGUCGGCUGCAUCAGUCGCUUAGCUCGCUGACCGCUGCCGCAGCUGUGAACAACAGCGUCGGCGGCGGUGGCGCCGGCGGCAAUGCUGUGGCUGCUGCUGCGGCUGCCGCAGCGGCUGCUGCGGAGCUGCUGCUGUCCCCGAUUGUGGGCGCCGCUGCUGUCGCCGGGGGUACGGCCAGCUCGACGCUGCAGCUGGCGGCGGCGCAUCAGCAGCAGCAGCAACAGCAGCAGCACCAGCAGCAGCAGCAGUCCUCGCCGAACAUAGUCAAGCCAUGCAUAGACUUCUUAUAAGAUCAGCAUCAACUCUUGCAGCAGCUGUUCCAUGUUGCACUCAACAACUCAGCAGCAGCAGCGGCGGCAGCAUCGGCCUGCCAGCCCCAGCCUGGCGACUACGUCGGCCAGCAGGUGGGUGCCACGCCAACGGUAGACCUAACCCAAUUGGACCAGGGCAGCGGUGGUGUCUAUGCGGCGGCGGCCGUAGCAGCGGCAGCUGCGGCAGCAGCGGAUGGGGGAGUUCCAGACCUGCGUGCCCUUCAUAUGCACCA